UCACCACCGUGAUUUCCGUUCAUCACAGCUCUAGGCGAACGACGUUGUGUCAUGAACGACCGCUUGAACGACCGCUUGAACGACCGCUUGAACGACCGCUUGAACGACCGUGCACAUCCAAGGCGCCGCGUUCUGAAUCCUCGGUCCAGUACUCGCCGUGCAAUCCAUCCCUGCUCUCGUCCCGCUGCCGCCAUGCUCCCCUCAUCCCUGCUACGAAUCCUUUUCCUUACCGUCCUGACGUCAUCAGUGCCACGUGUCCACUCCUGGUGGGCCGUUCCUCACAUGGUGGUGGCGGAGAUGGCAUGGCUGCACAUGAGCCAGCCCGCCAGAGACACCGCCACGCAGGCUCUCAGUCCGCUCACCCCCUUCUACCCCUCCCUCUCGUCCUUCCAUGCAUCCUCCGUAUGGUUGGAUGUGAUCAACACCACUCUCAUGCCUGCCUUUCAACCUUGGCACUACUCGCUCUCUGCUGUGCCGUCCCCCUCGCCUGGCGUCUCCCCACCACCCCAACCAGCACGGAAUGCACCAGCCCCGUCCUCCCUGCUACAAGUGCUCUCCAGUGCGAUCGCCGCGCUGCAAGGGGGGCACACGGAUGUCUUCGGCCGGGCCUUUGUGCUGCGAGUGCUGCUCAACCUGCUGGCUGACCUACACCAACCCCUGCACUGUGCGGACAGGCAGCGUGUGGGCGAGGGGGAGGCGGCAUGGGAGGGCAUGGGGGGGGGCAUGAGCGGCAUGGGAGGCACGGCGCGGCAGGUGUCAGUGGAGCAGUACGCAGUGGAGGCAGCAGACACGCUCUUUGACUUCUGGGAGGCAGCAGGGGGGGCGUUUGAGGAGGUGGCAGGGGGGGUGCGGGGCGACCCAGCGCGGCCGGGAGCAGCGUUUGAGGCGGACAAGCAGGAUGUGAGGGCUGCUGCGCUCGCCCUCGCCGCACAGUUCCCCCUCUCUGCGUUCACGCCGCAGGAGGUGCAGGAGGUGGAUUUGGCAGCGUGGGCAGCAGGCAGCGGCAGCAUCACAGCAUCCGUCGUGUACUCUGGACCCCUGCAGCCAGCUGCCGCUGCACCGCCAUCGCCGCAUGGGGCGGUUGACCCCAUACUGCUCACACACGACUACAACCUCCACGUGCAGGAAGUGGCCAAGUCCCAGCUGGCUCUGGCAGCGUACCGGCUAGCGGCGCUGCUCAAUGCAACCUUCCCGCUGCCACCUGCUGAGGAUCCUGACACCUACUCCCCAUGCAUAUCGCUGCAGGAAGCUGCGGAGCGGGGGGCGCGGGCGGCCCCUCUGCUGGCGACAGCACUGGGCAUGACAGUGGCAGUGGCGCUGGCGCUGGUGGUGAUGCUGUACCGGGAGCGGGAGAGCAUGCAGCGCCAACUGCUGUUGCUGCAGCAGGCACAGAUUGACCCCCACAGCCCCUCGGACGGACUGCUGGCCAGGCAGGGCUUGUGACGGGGGAGGGAUGAUUAACUUCUAUCUUGAUGCGGAGUGGAUGUGAGCUGAGAGUGGUGUGAUGUGAGUUGAGUUGAGAGCGGUGUGAUGUGAGCUGAGAGCGGUGUGAUGUGAGCUGAGAGCGGUGUGAUGAGAUGAUGCUGGGUUUGCUUGUUGUGAUGAGGAUGUCGAUGUCAAGUUUGUUUGACGCACGGACAUUGCAUUGGGAGGCGGUGCUGUGGUGCAGACAAGUUUGGAGCUGGAAGUGAUCUGUUUGCAUGUAGUUAUGCUAGUGGCUGUUCACUAUAGUAUUAUGUCUAAGUGCAUGCUUUUGUAACAACUUUAGUCUGUCUACACCUGA